AUGCCACAAAGACCUCAGAAGCCGGUGAUGGGUCAAUUAUGCGCAAAAUUAUGCGGCGGAAGUAGUGGAAGCUCAGCGUCUGUCCCACUAACACAACUGGCACCCGGGGCGACAUUUGCAUUUGGGAAUCGAGUUUUAUGGCAGCACCCAAGUAAACAAGACUCUAUACCUUGCAGUAUUGUUUCCGACCCGGAGCGUCACCAAAACAGAGCAGUGGCUUCUAACAUUGCGACUAAUCCUUGGGAGUAUCGGGUUGAAUUUCAUACAAGUCUUCGAUUAGCCUCAGUAGUAAUUCCCGAGGGCCAGUUGACGCAAGCCGGCAAAGAUUAUGGUGGUCCAUUUCCAACACCACUAGCUACCCCUUUACCGAUCUGA